AGGAUUUAAUACGUAAGCGAGGCGCAAUUAAGGGGAGGUUAACCAAUUUCAUUAACUAUUUAGAAAAAUUAGAUUCUUUAACGCCAUUACAAGUCAUUGAACUUCAAGCGCGUUUAAGCAAAAUGGACGCACUUUAUACACAAUUUGAAGAAAUUCAAUCUGAAAUUGACAUUUUAGUUGAUGAAAAUGAGUUGGCCGUACACUCCCCCGCCCGCACAGAGUUUGAGGAUUUGUUUUACGCAAACAUUGCCCUUGCGCAGGAGAUCUUAAACGCCAAUAAGCCUGUUAAAAAUGAUGAUAAUUCUUCCAGUGCCUCGUACGUUUCAGGUGACGCCGAGGAGCACGCACGCACGAAUCAUAAGGUGGUACACACAAGCACCCGAGGUAUUAAAUUACCGACAAUCCAGAUCCCCAAAUUCAGCGGUCAGUACGAGGAGUGGUUGGAGUUUCACGAUUUAUUCGUCUCUUUGAUACAUGAACAUACGGCGAUAUCAGACAUACAGAAGUUUCAUUACUUAAGGGCAUCCCUGGAGGGGGCCGCUGCGCAGGUAAUCAAAUCUUUAGAGUUUUCAGCUCGCAAUUAUAGAAUAGCUUGGGAUUUGUUGUGCGACAGGUUUGACAAUAAACGCAUACUUAUUCAAAAUCAUAUCCAAGCGCUGUUCGCUUUAGAACAAAAUAAAAAAGAAUCCUAUCAAUCAAUUCGUAAAAUAAUAGACACUUUUACUAAAAACUUAAGAGCCUUAGAGACUCUCGGAGAGCCCACCACUUCGUGGGACACUCUCAUUAUUUAUAUUAUGAGUACAAAAUUAGAUUCUAGAACAUUGCGGGAAUGGGAAGAGCAUAAAUCCGAUUUAAAAAGUAUUAAAUUAGACGACUUCACUUCAUUCUUAAAAAACAGAGCCGAUUUACUUGAAACGUUACACAUGAGUAACAAUAACACAAAUGUCAGCGCCAGAGCUGAUCGAUACAAAUCUGCCGAGUAUGUCAAGAGUCUCGCAGCAGUCACUAGUGCGCCACAGCCAAAAUAUACGUCAUACAAUUACAGCUGCCCCUUGUGCAAGCAAAAUCAUCGCAUUUAUAGGUGUGAACAGUUUCUAGGACAAUCUGUCAACGAGAGAGCAGAAUCGGUGAAGAGGCUCAAGUUAUGUGAGAACUGCCUCCGCCCCGGUCAUCAGGCUCGCGUUUGCAGAUUGGGCCCAUGCAUGAAAUGUUCAAAAAAACAUAAUUCAGUGCUUCAUUCAGAUACAGCGUCAGGAUCAUCUGAGCCAUCAGUUGUGGGUGCGACCUCACAUAUAGUCAUGCCAUCAGGGCGAGGCGUACUCUCAACUGCCGUGAUCCACAUGUACGACAAGGACAACCACCGCCAUGAAGUAAGAGCCUUUAUUGAUAAUGGUAGCAUGUCUUCCUUCAUGACGGAUUCCUUGUUACGUAAAUUACAACUUAAAAACACAGAAUUUCAAACAUCCAUUGUUGGAUUAAAUAAACAGAUUUUGUCACAUGUCUCAAAAAAGUGCAAUGCAACAAUCGAAUCGAGAACUAGUCCAUUUAAAGCCAACAUGACAUUCUACGUUGUACCGGAGGUUGUAGCUCUAGAGUCAAAUGUGCCUAAACUAAAUAUACCUAAACAUGUAAUAAUGGCAGACCCAGAGUACUUCAACCCGACGAACAUAGACAUUCUACUGGGCGCAGAAAUAUUCUGGGAGCUGCUUGAACACGACCAAAUUAGUUUAGGUACAGGUUAUCCAAUAUUACACAAAACAAAGCUCGGUUACGUAGUUGGCGGGCCUACCCUAGGCCUUAAUCAUAAAAACACAAAUUCAGUUGAACCAAUACAUUGUAAUCUGAUCGCGAACAAUACAGUACAGGAACAACUAGCUAAAUUCUGGUGUCUUGAGGAGGUUUCGGAUAAUUCUAAACAGGUCUAUUCUGUAGAAGAACGUUUAUGCCCUCUGAAUUUCGUGGAAAACUUUACUCGAAUGCCAGAUGGGCGAUUUUCAGUCGCAGUUCCUCUCAAGAAGCCAGAAUCAUGCUUAGGUGACUCAUUUAAUCGCGCUAAACAGUGCUUUCAAUCACUUGAGCGUAGGCUAGACAAGCAACCACUGUUAAAACAAAUGUAUACAGACUUCAUGUCAGAAUAUAUUGAACUAGGACACAUGUCUGAGACCAGAUCAGACACGCAAACUAACAAGAAGCCAUUUUUUCUGCCACAUCAUGGAGUUUUGCGCGAACAAAGCUCCACUACAAAGCUUCGUGCUGUAUUCAAUGGCAGUGCUGCCACGAGUUCAGGGGUUUCAUACAAUGACCUCCAAAUGGUCGGGCCCACUAUACAGAGUGAUUUAUUAUCGAUUCUUUUGCGAUUCAGGCAUUAUCCAUACGUUUUGACCGGAGACGUUGAGAAAAUGUACCGGCAAGUUUUAGUUCAUGACAAUCAAAGACAUUUACAGCAAAUUAUCUGGCGGGAUGAUCCUACUAAAGAAUUAAAAAUAUACAAAUUGAAUACAGUCACAUAUGGGACAGCAUCCGCGCCAUUUUUAGCCGUCAGGUGUUUGAAACAACUUGCUUUGGAAUGCCCAGAUCCACAAUUAGCCCAAAUCAUUAGUGACGACUUUUAUGUCGACGACUUAGUCACAGGUGCUCAAACAAAGGAGCAAUUAAUAAAAAUAAAAGAAGGCGUUUGCAAAGUAUUAUCCGCAGGUUGUUUCAAUCUCCGUAAAAUCAGAUCCAAUAUAGAACUCUCUCAGUCAGAUUCAUGUCAGACAUUGAACCUCGGCGACCAAGGUUCGUCAAACACCUUGGGGCUGGGUUGGUCACCACCUGAUGAUAUAUUAUAUUAUUCAAUAAAGCAAACUGUUGAGCAAAAUCCAACCAAACGGUCAAUUCUGUCCGCCAUAGGACAGAUAUAUGAUCCGCUUGGCUUAUUAAGCGUAUGCGUCAUUCAAGCUAAAAUCAUGUAACAGAAACUUUGGUUAUUAAAAUGUAAUUGGGACGAUCCUUUACCCUCAAAUAUUGUAAAUUUAUGGCACAAGUUCCAAUCUGAAUUACGUCAUGUACCUGAUUUAAAAAUUCCGCGCUGUGUCAUCAAUGAUGAUCCAAAUAGUGUGAUUGAAAUUCACACUUUUUGUGAUUCGUCUCAGGACGCAUACGGCUCAUGCUUGUACGUUAGAUCGGAAUGUAACGGACAAGUGGAGAUCAACUUGCUAUGUGCAAAAAGCAAAGUCACACCUUUGAAACCUACGACGAUUCCGCGUCUAGAAUUGUGCGGUGCCCUUGUUGCUGCACGUCUGACUGAGAAAGUUCUGAAAUCUAUCCGCAUACCAAUAAAAAGAUGUAUUCUCUGGACUGAUUCAUCUAUCGUUUUAGGUUGGUUCCAAACGCAACCUAACAAACUAAAACAAUUCGUUAAAAAUCGUGUUGCUGAAAUUCAAGAGCUCACUGCUAAUCACGAAUGGCGCCAUGUGCCUACAGCUUUAAAUCCAGCAGACAUGUUAUCUCGCGGAGUAAACAUGUCAGAAUUACAAGAUUUAUCCAUGUGGUGGAAUGGCCCAGAUUUUCUAAAGGAAGAUGAAUCUAAUUGGCCUAAAAGUAACUUCGUAAAAAACAAUAUUGAAAUGCCAGAAAUGGUAACUGCUACAGCGGUCUCCAUAGACACAAAUCACGGUUUAAUUGAUUACAAAAGAUUUUCUAAAUUACUUAAAUUGAAAAGAUCACUCGCAUAUGCACUGCGUUUUAUUCAUAAUUGCAGAAACAAAAAUAGUAAAAAAUCUGGACCACUCACCACAAAUGAACUACAAGAUUCGUUCACUUUACUCUUGAAAUGGUCUCAAAAGCAAUCAUUUCAAGAAUAUGAUCAUUUAGUGAAAAAACAAUCAUUGCCAAAUAAAAAUAAACUUCUUUCGUUAUCUCCAUUUAUCGAUGACUUAGAACUAAUCAGAGUAGGCGGCAGAUUAAACAAUUCACAGUUCCCAUUCGAUAAAAAGCAUCCAGUAUUGCUCUCAUCUAAACACGCAUUAACACAACUCAUAUUUGUCGAAGAGCAUAUUCGUUUAAUGCAUGCUGGACCCCAAUUAUUAUUAUCAUCAAUUAAAGAAGAGUUUUGGCCUAUUGGUGGUCGCAAUUUGGCCAGAUCUGUCGCACACAAAUGCCUGAGGUGUUUCAAGCUACGGGCUCAAACAGUCAGUCCUAUAAUGGGUAAUUUGCCUGAGCAGCGCCUCAAUCCAGGUUAUGUUUUUCAAACCACGGGUGUAGAUUACGCGGGGCCACUUCUCGCCGCUGACCGUAAGGGACGUGGAUGUAAACUAAUCAAGGUCUAUGUUGUAGUGUUUGUGUGUUUCACCACUAAGUGUCUGCACCUCGAGCUGGUCACAAGUUUAACAAAGGAGGCAUACAUUGCUGCCUUACACAGGUUUAUUGCGCGUCGCGGAAAACCUGCAACUAUCUUUUCAGAUAAUGGCACUCAGUUUGUUGGGGCCAAAAAUGAGCUUAAUGCUUUCUUAAAGCAGAACUCUUCCUCCAUUUCCGAGUUUAUGGCGAAUGAAUUUGUUGAUUUUAAAUUCAUUCCAGCCUACGCACCUCAUUUUGGGGGGCUAUGGGAGGCUGGGGUUAAGUCUUUUAAACAUCAUUUAACCAGAGUUAUAGGCGACUCCCAUCUUACAUUUGACGAACUCUACACGAUUUUAGUCAAAAUAGAAGCUACGCUUAACUCACGACCUCUAUCACCAAUAUCUUCAGAUCCAUCAGAUCUAAAUCCAUUAACGCCAGGUCACUUUUUGGUCGGACGUCCUCUUACCGCUCUGCCAGUUCCUCCACUGGAAAAUGUAAAUCCGACCAGAUUGCAGCGAUGGAAUCGCGUUGAACAAAUCCACCAGCACUUCUGGACGAGAUGGCAGAAGGAAUAUGUCUCUGAGUUGCAGCAAAAGACAAAAUGGAGAUCAUGCAAAGGACACCUCGACACUGGAACGAUGGUCAUCAUCAAGGAAGACGCUGUGCCACCUUUAAAAUGGAGCCUUGGACGUAUCGUGCGUGUCCAUCCAGGCAUCGACGGAGUAAACAGAGUCGCCGAUAUCCAAACAAAUCGAGGCAUCAUCAGAAGAGCCUUCAAUCGAAUCUGUCCUCUUCCACUGGAUGACGAGCCUGUUGAAAGCAGGACUUUCAACGCCGGGGGGCAUGUUAAGGAACCCUAAUCUCACGGACAUCCGAGGGGAGUGCACCGCGCGGGAGGGGCAGCCGCAUCUAAUUUGCAUAAUCACUCUUCGACGUUCGCUGUUGACGAGCGCACAUAUACUUACGCCCUUUUUAGAACUCAAAAUCAGUGUCAAAAUGGUGUAGUUAAUAAGCCUAGAUACUAAAAACUGCAUGUACUGAAGAAUUUGAUUAAAAAUAAU